UGCAGUAGGUGGCGGUAAAGGUACAAGCAGACACCAAUAAACUGAAAAGCAGCCGCAGAAGAAGAACUUGAUUGAGGUCAGAGCAACAUGGCGGCGCCUUCCACGGACAUGUGUGAAGGCGCUGAGUUGACUCUGAUCCUGGACCCAGAUAAAAGCACAUUUCUGGGUAAUGCUCCUCUGUACCAGUCAGCUGAUGACCCCAACACAUACUACCUUGAUGAAGCUCUGACUGUGAGGGUGAACUUGUAUACAACUGUAAGCAAGCAGGAGGAGAACGUGUACAUCGUGGAAGAGGCGCCUCUGCCACAAAAUGAGUCGUUUACCAAAGAGCAAACCCUCUUCCUGAUCGACAUGAUACGCCAGAAGUUGGAGGCAGACGGCGAAAGUCUCCUCCGAGCUUUGAAGGAGAUGAACCCCCGAAUCAAGUCGGGUAAAAGCCGCAAGAAACACAUGUGGAGGGAGAUGGCUACUCGACUCUCCAAACACUUUCAGGAGGUCUUCCAUCCCGAUCACGUGGUGAGAAAAUGGUGCGCACUGGAGGAAGAGUACAAGAAGGCCAAAGACGAGAACAGAGCGAGUAGUGGAGAAGACGUGACGUGCGAGUUUUUUCAUGAGAUGGAAGAGCUCCUGGGUGGGCAUCAUGACGUCGAGUUUCCGGUUGUCGGCACGGUGAAAGGGGUCGAGGUGCGCAGACCAAAGACUUUGAAUGUGGACGCUGAGAGAGACUCUGAGGUGACUUCAACUCGACCCAAUCUGCUCAAACGGAAAAAAGCGAACGAGCAUUAUUUUGCUCUUCUGGACUUUUUAAAGGAAUCCACGGCGGCUCGUCAGCGCCGUCAUGAGGAAACACUGGCUCAGAUGAAAUCUGCUCAAGAUGGGUUUGAGGCCUUAAUGAACAGAUUCCUGAACAAACUUUGACCUUCUGUUGGACCACAACAUACAAACCAAACAUUCAACUCUGCACCUUCUUACUUGUUUUCAUGUUGUUUUUUUUUUAAUCAUUUAUGUAUAGUGUUACAUAUGACUGACUGGACAAAAUAAACAAUUAUUUUAGACCAA